AUGUCUUAUGCUUUGUCUUGUGAUUAUUGUGGUUCAUUUGAGAAUCCCUCUUCAUAUUGCUAUCCUUUCGACCAACACAUGGAACAAGUUAAUGCUUUUAAUAAUGCAAACAACCAACGGUUUGAUCCUUAUUCCAACACCUAUAACCCCGCUUGGAGGCACAGCCCAAGGUUUAGUUGGAAGGAUGAUCAAACCCAAGGUCAAAACCAAUUUCAAAACCAUGGGAAUGGUCGAAAUAAAGGCAACUAUGAGGGUGGAAGUUCAAGCUAUUAUGGGGGUCCAAGGAAUCAAAACUAUGCCCAAAAUUUUCAAAAUCAAGGCCAAUCUUCAAACUUCCAAAGACCACCACCACCACAAAGCUAUCAAAGUCAAGGGAGCUACCAAGGUCAAUCCUCCUCUUCUUCUCAAUUUCAAAAGCCACCUCCACCACAAAGCUUUCAAAAUCCUCCUCCCGGUUUUCAAAGACCACUCCUCAAUGCUCCACCUCCUCAAGAGUCCAAUAUUGAAACAAUGUUGAAAACUUUCAUGACUCAAGUCAACCAAAAGUUUGAUUCCAUGGCCACCCAUAAUAAAAUGCUUGAAACACAAAUUGCCCAAUUGUCAUCCUCUAAUGCUUCAAGAGUUCCCCGUUCUUUACCCCCUCAAGGGAUUAGUCCCGGUGAGACCCAUCAAGCCAAUGCUAUUGUGACAAGAAGUGGGAAAAACCUUGUGAAUUCAACUACUAAGUGUCCAACCCAAGGAGAGAGAGAGCCCAUUGAUGAGAGUGAGCCUAUUGUUGAUACCACCAUAGAUGAGGAAGAGGUUGUGGUGAGUGAGCCAAUGGUUGUUGAAGUUCCAAAGAGAUUGGUCCCUCCUUACAAGCCCAAAUUGCCUUUCCCAUCUCGUUUUGCCGGAGCUAACUUUGAUGAUCAAUUUGCAAAAUUCCAAGAAGUGCUCAAGAACCUUUAUGUGAACAUUCCUUUUGCUAAAGCCCUUAGGAAAAUGCCUACAUAUGCCAAGUUUUUGAAGGAGAUUCUAACCAAGAAGAGGGUUGUGGAUGUGGUUGAGACUAUUAGCCUACCCGAAAGUUGUAGUGCCAUUAUCCAAAAUAAGUUUCCCACCAAAUUGAAAGAUCCCAGGAGUUUUUCCAUCCCUUGUGCAAUUGGGGAACUUGUCAUAGAUAAAUCCCUAUGUGACUUAGGAGCAAGUGUGAGUGUAAUGCCAUUCUCUAUUUUUCAAAGGUUGAAUGUGGGAGAGUUGAAGCCUACCCAAAUGUCCCUCCAAUUAGCCGACCGUUCGGUGAAGCUUCCAUUGGGGAAGGUAGAGGAUGUGCCUAUGAGGAUCGGGAAGUUCUUUAUCCCUGUAGAUUUUGUGGUCUUAGAAAUGGAGGAGGACCCUAAUUUCCCAAUCAUCUUAGAAAGACCUUUUCUUGCCACCACGGGGGCAAUCAUAGAUGUGAGAGGUGGUAGACUAUCCCUUAGUGUGGGGGAUGAGAAAAUUGAGUUUCAACUUAACCAAAUCAUGAGAUGCCCAUCCCAUAUGGAUGAUUGUAAAAGGAUUGAUGUCCUUGAUGAGAUUUUCAAUGAGUCUAUGAGCAUGCAUAUGCAUUCUACUAACGAUGUUCUUGAGUAUGUUCUUGUGCAUGAUCCCAAUGAAUGCAAUGCCACCAUGGAGAUGAGAGUAGAGGGGAGGGGUUUGAGUUCAUGUAAUCCCCCGUAA